GUCAAACCCUCCUGCAUGUCCCUCUUGUUUCCCUGUGCCUGUGUCUCCAGUGUUUGCUUUGUUCAACCUCAGGAUCCACCCUGUCAGAGCCUCUCCUGCUGUCAGCAUGAGGACGGAUCAGAUGAUAAGGUGGACUACAGCCUAUAAAUACAGCUGCAGAGUGUCCCUGUGAGUCAGUGUUUAAACUCUGCUGCUCCACCUGAUGAUCUCCUCUCUCUGCACCCUGCGUCCUCCCUGCUGCGCUCCACGCUUCAUGUGUUAUCGUGUCAGCUCCUCUCCUUCAGAGGAAGGAGCUGAGUCCUCCUCAGAGUGUUUCUGAGUCUCUGAUGUGAACUGGUCUCUGAAGUGAACUGGUCUCUGAUGUGAACUGGUCUGGACCUCUGUCUGGGUGAAGGAUGUCUCUCUGUGCGUAAAAUGCUCGGUGCGUCCUGGCGCGGACCCGUCCCUGGACCAUGUGUGGACUGGGUCUGCUGCUGGGGGUCGGGGCAGAGCAGGAGUGGCAUCUGGGCGACAGAAUCCGGAUGAAAGAGCGUCCUUUAGAGCUCAGGCAUGCACCGAGCAGUGAGAUCACUGGCGUUAUAAAUAUCCCCGAGCCUGCAGCUCCACAGAUCCAGAUCCUGCAGCCGGGCUAACGCACCCGGACCUCAGGGGGGACAUGCUGGACCAGGUUUAGAGGGUCUCUCUCUGGAAGAAUGAAUGUUCCUCUCCACCUUCUGACCGGAGCUCUCCUGGUGUUCGCAGCAGCAGCAGGAUCUCAGCGGGUCUCUGUGGAGCGGGUCUCUGUGGAGCGCAGAGUCCUGGAGGAGGAGACCCGGUCCGGACGCAGGACCUGCAGACUCUACUGCCGGGUCGGGAUCGGGUUCCACAUCCAGAUCCAUCCGGACGGCAGAGUGAACGGCAGCCAUGAACCCAACCAGCUGAGUGUCCUGGAGCUCUUCGCCAUCUCUCAGGGGGUCAUCGGCAUCAGAGGGGUCUACAGUAACAGAUUCCUGGCCAUGAAUAAAAGAGGACGGCUCCACGCUACUGAGUGGUUCUCAGACGACUGUAAGUUCAGGGAGCGUUUCCAGGAGAACAGCUACAACACGUACGCCUCGGUCCUCCACAGGAACCACCGGACGGGUCGCGAUUGGUUCGUGGCCCUCAACAAGAGAGGGAAGGCCAAGAUGGGCUCCAGUCCGCGGGUCAAAUCCCAGCACGUCUCCACCCACUUCCUGCCGAGGGUCAGCCUUCACGACAACAGGGAGCGAGGAUUCACCAUCACGGACCGGAGCAAAGAGAGGAGGAAAGCCCCGCCCUCGGCCGUGGCCACGCCCAAACACCUCACGAAGGGUAACGUCCACGCAGGAGCGGCACCAAGACGAACGCAGGUCAAAUACUGGCCCAAGUACCGGUUUGGGUAGAGGUCUGAGGGUUCGGAUCUGUUCAGAGACGUUGGAUGGUGAACUAACGGACGUCUAGAAACACUGACGAUGACGAUGAUCACAUUAAAUCAUUCCGGGUAUCAAAGUGUGAACAAACCUCAAAGGGCUGACGGUACGACUGAUGUUUCUGUGUCUGUGUUGACGAUGUCGUUCCUGUUUCAUGUUUUCAUGUCGUCUCUGUAGACUCUAAAAAACACGGACGUGGUCUCCGUGACGUCACCAGUUUGUUCCUGAAGCUGAAUACUGAAGCCUAUCGACGGCAGAAAUGAUGACUCCACUAAACUCUCGGUCCACCUAACAAGAGGCACAGACGUGGGGUUGAGACGGGGCAGCUAACGCCUGUAAACCACGCCCCUACGUAUGUAAGCCACGCCCCUAAUUAUGCAAAACGUGUCAAGUUCCCCCCGUUCAGUGUGUGCUGACAGAGAAAUGAGAUAUUCAGACAAACUUGUGUUUGAACCAGGCUGUAAACAUGUUUAUUCAAAGAUCAUCUCUUUGAAUGGGUGUGUAUGUGGUUUCUGGUACUUCUGGAGCCAGCCUCUGGUGGAUGCUCGAGGAACUGCAGUACGAAAAAAUCUUUAAAAUCUGCUGCUGUUAAAGCUGAAAUCCAUGACUCAUCAUUUAUCUAAACAUAAGUAUGAAAUCUGGUGUUGUUGCAAUACAUGACAUCGGACUUCCACCAGAUCCACCUCCAAUCCACUGAAAUCCAGUUAUGCAGGACCUCCGGACAGCUGGAGUCAUGUGACUGAAUCAAGGAUCCUCCUCCUCCUCCUCUCCUCAUCCAUGUUGUCUUUCUGGUCCUCUGAAAA